AUGGCCGCCCCCGCAAAUACCAGAAGAGCAGCAUCCGACGUCUCGUCGUCGCCCGUCCGUUCUCCGACCGCUGACCGCGAGAUCGACGAGACGUUUCUUCCGCAGGAUGAGGACGGAGAGGGAGAGGGAGAGGGAGAGGGAAACGAUGAGAAUAACCACGACGAUAACACGGCGUACAGCAUCGAUUUCGACGCGCUAGUGGGCGGCAGCGGCGGCGGGAGACGUCGCGGCGGGCAUCCCGACCACGACGAUGACUUGACACUUGACGACACGGAGCCGUUCGAUACGCUGAGGAGCGAGGAUGUAGACGGUCCGAGCGACUUCACGCAAAAUAUGGAGUUUUGGAUGCGAUCAAAGUUUUCGCCGCCGCAAGCGCAACAGCAACGAGGGAAGAAGGUGGCAAAUGCUGAUCCCGGUGCCACGCCGGCAACGGCGGCAGGGCGCAUUGAGCGGGAUGAUGGAGGCGAUGACGAGAAUGAGGGUGUGGUGGGCAACGAUGAUACGCUACCGCCGACGAGGACACCGACUGAGAGUUUUGACACGCAGCGCGAUCAUGUCAGCGAUUCGGAAGGCGAAGGCGAAGGCGGGGACGUGGGCAAAGAGAGCGAGGAGGAAGAGGGAGAGCAUGAGGGCUCCUUCGAGUACAGGCAGAGCGAGAACGAAAAUACACAUGAGAUCGCGGCCGCAGCGAUGCGGGAUCUCAACGGGUAUGUCAUCUCGGACGAAGAUACGUUUCUGCCGCCAACCAGCCAACCCGGCUCGACAGCCGAUGAGCACGACGGUGACCGUGGUGAGCGCAGUCGCUCGGGGUCGAUCGACGAGCAGAUUGACAUACUGUCGAGCAUGGACGAGGGCGUCGAGGAGGAGUAUAGGAGUGUGAGCGCCUCGCCAGCACUAGCGCAGGGUGAGUGGAGGACGGAAAGGCGGACACCGUCCGUUGUACAAAGAGCCAGCUGGUUGCAGCCAACGGUCGAGGACCACGAAGACACGCCGCCACUGAGCGCAAGGCCGAGCCCGAGAAAUGGAAUAGGCAAAAGUCCGGAGGUGUGGUUGGGAGCUUACGAGGAGAAGCUACCGAAGCAGCGGAGAAUGGAGAGCAUAAGCACGGCAUCGCCUCGACCGACUUUGAGGAAUCAUCCCCGAUACACCCCAAGGAAAGUUUCCGAAGAAGAUGUCGAUGACCUUCGGGCACAAAUCAGGAGGUUACAGGCCGAGCUAGAAAGGCAAUGCGGAGACUUCACAGCCAAGAUCGCCAACCUCGAGUCUCAACUCCAACGCACCCGCAACGAGCGCGAUGAAGCGCGCGAAAAUGAGCAACAGCGCGUUCGAGACCUCAAUUCGCAGUACGACGAGCGCGCCCAAGACUUAGAAGAGCACUGGCAACGGCGUCUCGCCACUGCGCAGGAACGCUAUGAGCAGGAUGUGCAGGAGCAGAAAGCAUCGUUCGCCCUUGUCAAGUCAAGCUUUGAGUCACGUCUAGCAGCCACAGAGAGCGGGCUCCAGGCGCAGCUAGCACGCAAAGAAGCCGAACUUGACGCCGUUAAGGAGGCCAGCAAGCAGGAACUCGAACAGCAACGUGCCGGCAACGACGCCAAAGUUGCAACACUCGAAGAGCGCAUCAAGGAGCUAGAGUCGUCGCAGCAACAGCAAGCUUCCGAGGGGACCUCAGUUCAUGCGACUCCUUCCUCUGCUAUUAAUCAAGCACUCACCCAGCAAAAGGCAGAAUCAGAUGCCCGCAUCGCCGAGCUCGAGGCGCGACUCAGCACGACACAGUCGCAACUCGAGGCAGCGCGUACGUCCUCUCCUGAGGCCGCCUUAUCUGAUUCCAUGCGCCUGGCCGACGAACGCAGACAAACGGAUGAUCUUCUCGCGCGGUCGAGACAGCAGAUUGCAGAUCUAGAGGCCAACCUGCAACUGCUGCAAAGCCAACUCGCGCUCGCGCGGCGCGAGACAGACGAAAUGCGGCGAGCUGCAGAUACAGCCCGGGAGGGGGCACGCGUGUUACGCUCCGAGCUGGGGCGGGCGCAGGAGCUGGUGGAGGAGAGGGGUCGGCGGUUGGAGGAGGUGGCGCGGGAGCACGAGGCAGACACGGACAUGGCGGAGCGAGCGCGACGCGAUGCAGAGAGGAUGUUGGAGGAGCGGGUGAGGGCAGCGGAACGGAAGGCGAAGGUGUUGCUUGAGCGGAAGGUUACAGAGAAGGAGUCAGAGGUGGGCGACAUGCGGAAGAGGGCGGAAACAGCGGUGCGCAAGGCGCAGACGAUGCUUAAUGGAGAGCGGAUCGAGAAGGCUGGAUUGAGGAGGGCACUGGAGGGGUUGAAGGAGGAGGUGGAGGGGUUGAGGAGGCAGGUCGAAGAGCGGAAGAAGGACUCCUCUGGUGCUGCUGCUGCUGCAUCUUCGUCCACCUCUCCCUCCAAUCACCACCCUUCACCAGACGCUGCCGAGGAGAUCAUAAGAUCUCGCGACGAUGGCGAUGACAACACCACGUCCCCUCGCUCAUCCGAACUCGAGCUCCUCCGCCGCGCGCUGCGCGAUGCAACCACGGCAACGAAAGAGGCCCGGGAAGAUGCCCGGCGUGCGCGCGAGGAGUCGGCCGCGCUAAGGGAAGAUUUUGCAGAAGUCAACCGCGCCAUGGACGAGCGUGUGGUCCGUCUCGUCCGCGCGCGCGAGAAGGAGUGGCGCGGAAAGGUCGAGGCGCUUGCCGCGGAGAAGAGAGCUCUGGGACGCGCACUGCUCCACGAAUGGGGGAGGGAGGAGGUGGGCGAGGGCGAGCCGCAGGCGUACCGAUACAAGUAUGUGGAGAGAAAAGAGAGUGGUGGGGAAAAGAAGGGGAGGGGGAAGGCGUAG